AUGGCUAUAUUGCAUCAUGAGUUCGUCUAUGCAUGCUUUCAUCCAACCAUAGAUGACUGCUUGAUUGCUCUUGAAAAAAAUUACUACCCGAAUGAUUCAGAGCUUUUUCAAUUAGUUGAAGAGGAAGGCAGUUUUUAUGCAAAUUUGAUCAAGCAUUUAGAAGGCUUGAAGGACAUUCAGAAGCUGAAAAAGCUAUCUCAACUGCUUGGGAUCGAUAGAAAAUUGCUAACAAUUAUUACAGAGGAAGAUAUUCAUUUGAAAAUUGAGGGAGAAAAUAUUCUUAAGAAAGAGAGCAGUUAACCACUGACAGUUUUUAAUCAAAAUGCCAAUCCAUCCUAGCUAUUUUCCAAUCAAAGAGAUGAUGCCAAAAAUAAGUUAGAAAUAGUUGAGAGAGAGUUUGAUAGCAGUAGACAUUUGCAUUCUGAUGCAGGAUUUGAGCUGCAAGAAGAAGAUUCACAAGUAAUUGAUAGAGAGAUUGAGGACAGAGAAAGUGAAGAUAUACUAACUAAUUAGGAGAUGAUUUAUGACGCAAUAAAAUUUGAACUAUUAAAAAGGAUCAAAGCUAAUAUGAAUGCAAACGCUAGCAGCAAUCUCAAACUCGGUGGCAAAAAUCUAAAUCAAAUUAUUUCACAUGGAAUAGCGCCAGGAAUAGGCAUGAAGUUGAAAACAGAUGAAUAAAAUAUAGAUACUCAAUUUCUCAAUAUAAAAUUGGAAAAAAAAUAAAAGAACAGCGUAACCAGAAUUCAGACUAGAGUUACUGGAGAAAAAACAUUAGCCAACAAUAAUGAAGAAGCAUAAUAAGAACUACAAUUUAAUGAGCCAAAGUCCUUGAGAGAAGAGAGGAUGCUAGGAACAUCUAAGAAAAAGUAUGGAAUUUCUAUUUGGAAACUUAACAGAGGGCAGUAAGCAUAUUAAUAAAAGGAACAUCCUUUCAACUCUUGCCCAGCAAUGUCCAAGUUCUUCAUUUCUCAUGAUUCCCAAAAGAUUGUAUUAUUCGUUAAGAAUGAGAGUAGCAUUCCAGAGGAGGAAACUAUAUCAGCUGUUAAGAUUCUUGACAUUAAAACCCUAGAGUUAAUAGAUGAGAUAAGCACUUAUGAACUCUCCUGUAUUGAGGCCUCUUCAAUUACUGAUGCCGCACUAGUAUGGGGAGAUAGAUAUCUCUUUAUUCAAAGUGAUGUUGUCAGUUAUUUCUUCAAUAUUGAUAAAAGACAAAUAGAGUACUUCUUUGAAAAUGAAUAGUCUGACUAGAAUAAAAGUAAAGUGCUGUUACAUUCGAUAUUCAAAGAUAAUGAGCCAUUAAUGUAUUACACCAUAAACUUGACAAACAAAUAAACACCUAAUGGGAAUGUCGACUCUUAUCAGCUAUUCAAAACAUAAAUAGACAAAAAUAAAAACAUAUUUGAAAGAAAAAACAAAUUCGCUGAUAUUACUUCUGGCAGUGGAGUUCUUGAAUACACAGGAGUGAUUGGCUAUAACAAAAGAUUGACGUCAAUAGUGUUCCCUGGGGAAUAAGUUUACUAUGUUUAUAAUGUCGCUAGCCGGUCAUUAAAGUCAAUCAGAAAUGUUUAAAACUGCCAAGUCAAGAAGAAUUGCUUCCUUGAUGAUUUCGUUUGGAUUGCCUAUAAUGAUGACAACUAUGAUACAUUUACCUCGUCAACUUAUAGUUUAUCUAAAAAGUAUCACCUUAGCAAUCUCGAUCUCGAUGAUUUUUCUCUUGGAGAUAUAUAACGAGAAAGAGGCUAGACUCCAUAAGAUUCAAUUGUAAUGUCUAUUGGUAAGAAAGGAGAAAAAGAGGCAUCGAGUAGAAUUUGCGUCAACAUAGUUAUGUAAGACGGUCAAAAUCCCUUCGUAAAUUAUAUUCAAGAGACUUCAGAUUUUGUCUUUGCUUACCCAGUUAUAAUGUACUGUAAAGAAUUCGUGCAAUUUGUAGACAUGAAUCAUUACAUAAAGCUAAAGCCACUUCAUAUAGCACUAGGGCUGUCAGAUGGAAACUAACAAUUUAGAGCUUAUGAAAGUAUCGCAUUUUUAACUCAAAGUGAUGAGAGGAUAUUUCUAAAUAUACUAGAAUACUCACCUUACAGCUAUGAUAAAUAAUAUACACUCUAUAAAUCUUCUCAAUCUAUCUAGAGACCUAAAACUUAAUAUGGAAAUAUCAUUAAGGCUGUAUUUUAAAAGGUCAAGCAUAAGGAAUGCAAAGAUCAUGAUUACAUCUUGAUACUUCAAUAUAGAAACUAGAUAUUGAUAAGAUCUUUCUUUAAUUUAUUCGUCCUCAAUAUCGAGAAGUAUAUUUACAAAUUUCCAAUGAUUUAUCUGCCUUCAAAGUAUAAAGAUCACCCAGAUAUUUGCUUUUAUAUGACAAAAGAUGGGUAUUCUACUAAAAUCGAAAGACUAGGAUUCAACGGAAAAGAGCAUAAAGAUCCUUUGUCAACCGCUUAUGAAUUAAAGACCUAAAGUGUAUUCGUAUUUUGCUAUCAUAACAAGCAUAUCUAUGUGAUGGAUGAUACAUUAACUCUCAAGAAAUUUGAGUAUGACAGGAGAACACAAAAACUCAAGGUAUUAAAAAUGUUUGAGUUUUGCCUUGAAUACAGAGAUUUCUUAGCAUAGCCAGUAGACUAUCAUGACAUCUAGGUUUCAGAUAAAGGUGUCUAUAGAGGUCUUUUAUUUGUUCCUUUCUUUGAAUAGAACAUAUUCAACAAAGAUAUAGGCCUAAUAAGGGCAGAUCCAAUAUUUAAUGUCUAGGAGAAUGAACUAUUCUCAGGACCGAAAAAACUAACAGGAACUUAAUACAUGAUGUACAUAGCAAGAGGAGAUAAAAAUAUCCUAUCAAAUGAUUAAGGCAACAACUCUUUUGAGGCUUAAUUAUAAAAUGAUUCAAUGGAAAACAUAUUAAGUGAGGUAGAUGAAUAAAUAGGCCAAGAUACCAGUCACAAUAUUCCCAAAUAUUCUCCAGCCAAAUCUAAAAAUGUAGCAGAAAAUGAUCCAGACUUGGAUAAAACAGCUGAAGUCAAGCAGAACAGUAAUAUUAUGUAAAAUGUAAAUGGCCUCAAGAAAUCUAAGACUCUGCAUCGUAUUUCUAAUUCAGUGAUUCCAAAUGAUAGAGCUAGCUAAAUAAAGUUAGCUGCAAAAGGAACAAAAAGAAGUCCAAGCAUUUUGAGAAGUCCAAGAAGUAAUCUGAGUCCCACAGGGGUUAAGUCUUAAAAAACUACUGAUGCAUUCGAUUUCCAAAAUGUUGCAAAAUCCACUAGAAGAAGGGUAGAUGAAGAUCAUGAUGCUAAUACAAAUUAUUACAGCAAAUCAACUUUCAAAACCACUUAAAAUGCUCUCACAUUUAAUAACUAGAAUAAUAAUGAGUAAGUAUAUGCCUGGAUUGUACCAUUCCUUGAUUCAAAUGUGCUACAAUUUACUCAUAGCAUUAAGAAAAAUUCAAAUCCCAAGUACUAAGUUGACUUCUCAACAUUCAUUAAUAACUAUGACCAGAUUCUUAUUCAAAUGAACAAAAUAUUCUACCUAUACUCCAAAAACGGGACUUUCCUCUACCAAGUCAAUACAAUAAGAGAAGGUGUAAAAAAUGCCUUUACAAUUUAGCAAAAGGGCCUUGAGUUAGAGAGUGUGUCAAUAAAUAUGACAUAUUAUUCGUUUUAUGACCAUUCGAAUAAAUGUUUUGAUAUCUACUAACUAGCUAGAGACAGAGUUGAAACACAUGAGCUCAAGAAAAAUUUAACAAGAUAAAAGUAUACCAGGUUGAAGUCUAAAUUAUAUAAAUCAUAAGGAGAUUAGCCAGAUGAAAGUAUUGACAGGUAUAUCAAGCCCUACAUCUUUUAGUAUGUUAAAUCAGUAAAGGAAUAUGGAAACUUGAGAUUUAAAGACGAUUAUUUUAAUUAGAGGCAUAUAUCAAACUAUGGUCAAUUGUAUUAACUAAUAUAAAUCAGGAGAAGUGCAAUUAAUUCAGCAAUUAAGACUAACAUUAGAAUGAAGUUUGAAGGAUUAGCUCAGAUCAAUUAGGCUAAGAAGUCUUUGAUUGCACCUAACAAGCAAGAAGCUGAUAACGAGGAUUCUAAGUUCCUUACUGAGUAUGAAAUUAUGUUCAAAUUUUAUAUCGAUGAUGAAGAAAAGUCUGAGGACAUAAAGCAGAAAUUUAGCUUGGUAAAAGACCAUUUAAAUUCUAAGCUAGAUGCAUUAGAUGAAAGAAGAAUAUUCGGCUUUUAAAUUCUUGGAAAUUAUUUAUUCAUCAAAAGAAAUUUGAGACUAGAAUACUUAAAAAUAUUUGAAACUGACUUAGAACAUGGUACUUAAUAGUAUAAGAUUGCUCAAAAUGCAAAAGCUAAAUACAUUCAUUUAAUGCUAGAUAAAAAUUCUCAUAUUUCGAGGCUAAUGAGUACAUCAUAAUAAACUCCAGAACUUCUUUAGAUAAUUGUCAGUGACGAAAGAUUUAUGUAUGUCAUAACUUGGGAAAUAGAAUAGAACAUCGAACAUUAGAUGAUGCAAUUAGAAAAAAAAUUUGAUUUCAAUGCAGGGCAUGCUGUAUGCAAAGGAAUUACUGAAAGACAUAACUACAUCCCUAUCGACAACUCAUUCUACGACUUAUAUUUUGGACUGCCUUUCAAAUUUUUUGAAAAUAUUGGUCGUAAAUGCCCAAGAAAAGCUAAGAUGAAUAUGAAUGAGAGAAAACUGUCUUAGGCAAAUAAAGAAUACUUAGAUUUAUAUGAAAAUAAUAAAGUUCUAAAAAGCUAUAGUUACCUAGAUUUAUGCUAUAUGAAAGCUUUCUACAAUUUAAAUAAAGAUUAGAUAGAGUAAAAGCAUAUUAUGACUAAGCAUCUUAACAUUAGAAUCAAGGGCUACACAUUCUUUAGUUUUAUAGCUCUUGACUUUAACUUAUUAAAAGAGGUAUAUGAUGAGGUCAUGAAAAUUGAUGAUCUUACAACACCAUAAACUCUUGUAGAUAAUAACUCAAUUAGUCAAUACAAAAUGCUAUUUAUUCAUAUGCUCUAUCCUGACUUUAAUAAUAUGAGUGCAUUCGACAUUGCUAUGCGAGACAAAAGUCCAAAAUCAAUCGAACUAAUGCUGGAAAUGCUUUGCUAACUUGGAAAUUUCUCCUUAUCUAAGUUUUUUAUGCAUCACUUCUCAGAGUUAUUCUAAAUGGAGCUAGUAUCGUUUUAGAAUUUUCUAUCCUCUUGCCAAUUUCAACUUCCUCGAAUGAGAGAGAUUAAAGUUUUAAAAUGGGUCCAUCCAGAAGAUGAACAUUAUCUAGACUAUCAUACUUCCUAUCUUGGAGAUUAGUUCUAUCAAAGGAUAAAAAAGAGAAAUUUCGGCAGGGUCUUGAAUGAACUAAAUGAUGAUGAGUUUGAAGAAUCAUUUAGAGAGCAGACAAAUCAAUCAUUAAGUUCAGAGUAAGAAAUCAAUAAAAUCGAAUCAGACAUAGCAUUUAAGGAUUUAAAUGUAGAUACAAAGAAUGUAAACUAUGGAAUAUUAGGCCCAUAGAUAGAUGAUUUUAUUAAGAAAGAUACUAAGCUUGAAAACAUGCAAUGGAAAAAGCAAUUCGAAGUUGGGGAAUAUAAAAGAGUAGAAACCUUCGCAGUAGAGUUUGAUUGGAUAUUUAGAGGUAAAAAUGCAAUUAGCUUUAUUGAACAUCUUGCUCACAAUGCAAACGAUUCUAUCUUUGCUGUUGAUACCAUAAGAAUAAUUGUGCUAUUUCUUUGGGAGAGAUUCUUCUACAAUAUCAGAAAUAAGAUCUUCAUACCUUUUGUUUUCUACUUUGUGCUAUUUAUGGUUCAAAUCGCAUUUAUAUAUCAGCAAAAAGUUUAUAUCAUGGCUGUCCAUAGAGGAGAAAUUAAAUCAGACACAUCCUACUCAUAAGAAGAGCUUGAUGCAUGGAGAAUUGCUGACUAUUCAGUGAUUUCAGUGCUAUUUUUGCUCUGGUUCUAUUUCUUUUCCAUUGAAGUGAAGUAGGUAUUUAAUCUAAAGUUGGAUUAUAUCUUAGAUUUUUGGAAUUGGUUUGAUGUGUUUUCACUUGGGUUAAACAUGGCUUAUCUUGUCAGAGAUCUUACUGAAUCAGAUUCUCAUUCAAAUAGAAUACUCUCCUCUCUUGCUGCUCUGCUGAUGUGGCUUAAACUACUCUACUUUUUGAGACUCUUCGCUCCUACUGCUGCUUUAAUAAGAAUGAUAGUUGAAAUCGUCAAGGAUAUGUCUGUGUUUACAAUCAUUUAUUUCAUUGCUAUUAUUGGCUUCGCUGAUGCAUUUUACAUUCUAGCUUACAACUUAAAUGACAACGAGGAGAAUGAGAUGUUCAAAAAUAACUUCUUUCUAGCCAUUAUUUACAGUUACAGGACUGGACUCGGUGACUUUGUGACUGAUGCAUUUGACAAUUCUGAGGAUAUUGCCCUGUGGUACAUCUUAUUCAUAUUCUAGACCGUUUUCAUCCAAAUUGUCCUAUUAAAUCUUUUGAUUGCAAUAAUGGGAGACACUUUUGAUAAAGUAACUGAGAAGAGGGAGGAGUCUAAAUUGAAGGAAAUAUGUGAAAUGAUCUCAGAUUACGAAGGAAUAAUGGACAGAGAAAAGGAGUUUAAGUACUCAAAAUAUAUAAUAGUGUCCAAAGUUGAAAAAGCUCAAGCUAACCAAUCUUCAGAUUGGGAAGGGAAACUUGCCACGCUAAAAACUAACUUAAACAAUGUAGUUUCAGAAGUAAGAAAAGAAUAAAAACAGUAAAGUGAAAACUUGAGAGAAGAAGUCAUUGGGAAUUCAAAGUCAAUGGAAUAAAAAUUUAUGGACUUACAAUCAAUUCUCAUGAAAUAAUCUUCUUAACUUGGCCUAACUUUAAAAAAGAUAGACCACCUAAAAGACAUAGUAAAAAAGGUAUCCAAAAAGACAAAAAGAGGUGGAACAGUAGUAUAAGACAUCAUCGCUGUAGCUGGACCAACUAUAAAUUUGGAGUAAUAAGAAGGCUAAAUUAAUAUGGGAGAUUAGGCUGACUUCGACGAUGAGGACGAAGAUGAUAUAGUCUUUGAUAAAACACCAGAUGGCUCCAUUCAUAAUACAAGAAAUUAAUGA